AUGUCGGCGAAUGAAAGUCUUCAAUGGACACGCAUAGAAACAGUUAAUAGACCACCGCAACCACGUAGUGGUCAUAGUGCUGUUAUUUAUAAUGGUUCUAUGUAUAUAUUUGGUGGUUUAGGUGAGCAUCGACAUAAUGAUUUAUUUAAAUUUGAUUUUGAUACACAUACGUGGACGGAAAUAAAAGCUAAGGAUGAAUCAAAAUUACCAUCAAAACGAUUAAAACAUAGUGCUUGUAUUUAUGAUAAUAUGAUGUAUAUUUUUGGUGGUUGGGAUUCAUCAGGUAAACUAAAUGACAUGUAUCGAUAUAUAUUUGAUAAAAAUGAAUGGGAAACAGUUCGUUGUACAAAUCCUCCACGUGCGCGUAGUGCACAUUCUGUUGCUAUUUAUCAAAAUGCAAUGUAUCUAUUUGGUGGGAUUGGGGAUAAUAAAUUUAAUGAUAUGUAUAAGUUUUCUUUUAAAACAAAUCAAUGGUCAACGGUUAAUCAAAAAAAUCCACCGCCACGUCGAAGUUCAUAUGGUGGCGCAUAUAUAUAUAAUGAUCGUCUUUAUAUUGUAUGCGGUUUAGGUUGUGGAAAAUUUAAUGAUUGUCAUUCUUUUGAUUUUCGAACAUUAGAAUGGACAGAAUUAAUAUAUAGUAAUGAUUCACGUGUUACACCAGCUAAACGUGGACGUCAUGCCUGUAUGUUGUCAGGAGACAAUCUUUAUAUGUUUGGAGGUUAUGUUGGUAUAGAACGAAGUAAUGAAUUAUUCGUGCUUAAUCUUCGACUAAAUAAAUGGGAACAAUUAAAGUUAAGUUCAAAUGUACCAACACCACGUGAAAGUCAUAGUGCAGUUUUAUAUGAUGGACAUAUGUGGCUAUUUGGUGGAUGGCAAGGCCAUGGAUGGUAUAAUGAUGUCUAUACACUUGGGCCGGUUUGA